AUGAAAGUCAUCAUCAUUGGCGCCGGUCUAGGUGGCCUCACCGCUGCUUUUGCCUUUGCAAAAGCCGGCCAUGACGUCCAAGUCCUCGAACGCAGCCCAAAGUUGAAUCCCACGGGAGGCGGCAUCAGCGUCAGGCCGAGCGCAAGCAAAGUCAUCCAGGGCUGGGGUCUCCAGAAAGCCCUCGAGCAGAUCUGCGACCGAUCUCCGUCCGUCACCUACCGCGAGCUCAAGACUGGAGAGGUCCGGACCACCGUCGUCGACUCGUUUGAACAUGCCGACUGGGGGACCACGCGGAGGGCCAUGGUCAAGCUGCUCCAUCAUGUGGCAACCGAGGCCGGAGCACAGAUUCGAUUCAGCGCAAACGUGGCGCGCGUUUCCGACGACGCAGCAAAGGCGACAGUAACGCUCGAGAGCGGACAGGAGAUUGUGGCCGACAUAAUCCUGGCGGCGGAUGGCAUCAAGUCGCACACUCGGCGGACCGUGCUGUCAGACGUGGGCUCUCCCGAGCAAUGGGACCCAAUUGUCGACAACACCACGUUCUACAGCUUCGACAUGGCGGUGUCCGAGCUGACCGACGACCCGACCUCGAUGAAGCUGACGGAAAACUCAAACAUCACGACCUGGAAGGGCGACGGCGGCUUCGCGGUGACGCGGUACAGCUCUCGGUUCGGGCGCGUCGGGCUGCUGUUUGCCAUCCAGGGCGAAACAGACCAGAAGAGCCUGUGGGACGAAAAGGGCGACAUUGAGUACGUGCGGCGCUUCUUCUCGGGCGUGUGCAGCGACAUGGUCAAGGCUCUCAGCAUAGCAAAGACGUGCGACCGCUGGCGGAUUGCCGAGGUGCCCAACCUGCCACGCUGGUCCAGCCAGGCGGGCAGGAUCGUGCUGCUGGGCGAUGCCGCUCACGCGAUGCACCCCAACGCGGCGCAGGGCUACUCGACCAUCAUCGAGGACAUUGGCGUGCUGCAGUUCCUCUUCUCCAGCCUUCCGGGGUCGACUGUCCCGGAGAUUGUGAGCGUCUGGCAGGCCAUUUGCAAGCCCAGGGCGGAGCGAGUCAAGGAGUUUUCGCGGUGGAACACGAAGCAUCUGUCGGGGAAGACGGAGCAUGCCAUUGGCGUCUCGCACGCAGACAGCCUGCUGGACAGUGUUGUGCCGGACAGGAAUGCCGAUUUCAGCAGUCUGGAGUUUUGGAAGUGGAAUGUCGAGUACGAUGCCGUUGGCGAGGCAAAAAGAUACCUUGAGAAGAAGACGACUCCUUCUAAGCUGUAG